GAUCGGCGCCGCCAAUAAUAGCAUAGCAGAAGCAAGUGGCCGCCCCGUGCCGUGCUAUCGCGCGGGUCACCUCAGCUGCGACACUCGACGCCUCCCGAGAAGAUGGACAGUGGCGACGAAGACAGCGUCCUCGAGGGCAGCGUGGGCAGCGGCAGUGGCAGCGGCAGCGGCGAUGGCGACGCAGACAGCGACGCCGUGCCGCGGGCCUGCGCCGCCUGUCCUCAGGACAUCCUCGACUGCAUGGAGCGCGCCGGAUGCGGCGAGCCGCCCCUCGCCGCCUUCUUCACUUACUGGAGGACCUUGCUGAACCAAGAGGCGCGCUUCCGAGAGCAGCUGUCGGAGCUACAGCAGCGCAACGAGCGGCAGCAGCAGGAGGCGAACGCGCUGCGCUUCCGCAUGGAGGAGCUGUCGCGAGACGCCAUGGUCAAGGGCGCCGGCAUGGACCGUCUUCAGGCUGAGCUGGAGGCAGCGAAUAAGGACUCAGAGAGUGUCCGCCAAAAACUGCGCCAGCUGGAAAGUGAACUCACGACUUACAGACAACAAAAUGCAGAUCUUCUGGAGCAACUUAACCAGAAAACGACAGAAGACUGUGAAUCCACAAAGAAAUUGGAGGAAAAAGUUAAAGAGCUGGAAGUUCAGCUCAAGGAUAUGCAGCAGGAACGUGAUCGUUUGGAGAAGCUUCGCAUUCAGUUAGAAGCAGAAAGAGAAGAGGAGAUGAAAAUUGUUCAAGAGGCACUGGAUGAGGCACAACAAGAGAAGGCUGAAAUGCAAGCACAGUUUGAGAAACUUCAUACGGAGACAACCAAUAGGGAACAACAAAUGCUUGAUGACUUUGAAUGGAAGCUGCGAGAAGUAGAGCAAGCAUGCAAAAAACGCUUAGUUGAGAAAGAGCAAGCUUUUGAAGAGAAAAUCAAAGAAACUACAAAGAAAUUGGAACAGCAGCAUAAAGGAGAGAUUGCAACUCUCAAAGCAUAUGAAGCAGAGGUACAUCAGUUAAGAGGACUUUCACAUGAGCAACAAAGAUCAAUGAGAAAUGCAGCAAGACAGACAGAAGAGUUACAAGUUGCAGAGAAAAUGCUGAAAGAGGAAGUAGCUCGCCUGAAAACAGUUAUUGAAACAGAAAAAAGUUAUGCUGCAACAAUCCAGAACAUUCAUGACAAACAUGUCGCAGAGGCAGAAAGGAAACUUCAGUCUCAACUUCAAAUCCAGAGGAAUGAAAUUAAUGCUCAGUGGGAAGAACGGACGCAUCGUGAAUUUUCACGUCUGAAGUCAGAAAUGGAAAAGGUUCAUAAUGAAGAAAAGAAAGUGGCAAUACAGUCCAUUAGGAAGCAGUUAGAAGAUGAAUUACAGAAAACAAAGGGAGAUCUUGAAAAGAAGUUACAGAAAAGUUUGAGAGAGGUUGAACAAUUGAGAUCAAAUCUAGCAGAAAAGGAACAAUAUUACCAGAAGGAAAUAGAAAAAACCAGAACAAAUGCAGAUAGGGAUAUCUUCGACCUUCGUAGAAAAUUGGACAAAAUUGAUAUGGCAUACCAGGAACAAAUGGAAAAACUGACAGAAAAGCAUGAGAAGGAAAUUGAACAUUUAAAUGAGGAAGCAGAACGGAGGGUACAACAAGUGGAGCAGAACUGGCAGUUACAAAUAAGUUCAACAAGAGCUACUCUUGAGUUAGUAAAGGAACAGAUGCAACGCGAUGCAGAUGAAAGGAUGGAAAGUCUUAAAGAAAAAUAUCAGCAGCAGCUAGAAUCCCAGUGGGAAAAGCUGAAUAAUGAGAAAGAAGAUGCAAUAAAAUCCCUGGAAGAGAAACAUCAAAAUGAAAUGAAACAGUUUAGAGAUGAAGUAGAGGAAAUGAAAAAGAUGUAUAUGACAAGAGAGAAAGAAGUCCACACAUCCCCACAGCAAGAGAGGCGAUAUGGCUCAGGGCACUCAGCACAGGAUGGAAAGAAGAUGAAUGAAAAAUGCACAGUUUCAUAGGAAUAAAUUAACAUGAAAAGGAAUAUAUACAUUUGUAUCUGCAUAGACAUAUCCUGAUUGAAAGAACUUCCAAUAUUUAAAUUGACAAAAUUUAUUUAUAAAAAAAGUACAUUUCAUUUCAGUUUGGCUGUCAGAUCAUCAAUACUUGAGGAUAAAGCAUGGCACUCACUAUUUCUUAUACUGGCUAAGCUGUUUCUUUAACUGUGGGUAUAGUUCAUUAAUCCCAGUGUUAAUUGUAGAUUAACUCUGUAUCAGAAGAUAAAGUUACAGAUACAAUAUUUGUGUAAUUGGUCAUUAAGUAAAAGUGUAGUUUUUUAGUUGAGAAAGUGAAAAGAAGUCAGCUAUUGUGGGUGUGCUGUGCUUAUUAAUAGACUGUCAUGUAUGGCACAGUAUUGCUUGAAAUGAGGAUGAAUGCUUAGUUCGAUUUAUUCAUCCAAAGAUAAUUUCCACUGUAUGGACAUAAUCAAAAGCAUAUAUAAAUCCUUUUCAUUUUUUAGAAAACAAACCAAAAGUACAAGUAUUAACUUCUAUUCACAACAAGUUAUAGAAAAUUGGCAGCAGUUCUUUAAUGAAAACACAUAGUAUACUCAGUGCAUUUAUGUCCUAUUUUGUAUGUGUUCCAUUGUAUUAUUGUUAGAUAAUACAGAAUUAACAUAUGGAACUCUAAAUAUUCCUAUAUUCUUUAAUGCUAUAUGGACAGUAAAAAUCAGGAAAUAUUGUAAUUCCUGAAACUUUCUGGCAGAUUAAAACUGUGUGCCCGACUGAGACUUGAACUCGGGACCUUUGUCUUUCGCGGGCAAGUGCUCUACCAUCUGAGCUACCGAAGCACGACUCACGCCCGGUCUCACAGCUCUACUUCUGCCAGUAUCUCGUCUCAUACCUUCUAUUGUAAUUCUCAUUUGUAGUCAUAAGCUUCCUUUCAUGUUCUCUUUGCUGGUAGGGAUUUCAUUGAACAAGAUUCAGCCAUUCAUUCAUGCAUUCAUAAUGUUGUAGAGUAUGCAUCAUGAAGCAGAAUCCUCUGAAAUGUGUAAAAUGCAAAGAAAGUUUUAUUUAUUCACUGUUACCCUGGUUGUCAUAUUCUUCCCUUCUACUGUGAAGCAUACACGUCCUAAUUUCAUAAUAUGUUGCAUUUUAUUUUCACAUACAUAACUGUUUCACAUACACGUAAAGUUCAUAAUAUCAAUAUGGUAAGGUUCUGAAAUUUAUUUGUAUAGGAUUUUCUUCAGAGCAUUCCAGCCAUGGAUCUAAUGACCUGCUUUUGCACAUUUAUCUGUCUCUUCACAUGAUAUUUGUCACACAGUCCCCCAUUUUUGUUGACAUGUCCAUUUAGCAUACUGGACAUUUUCCUUGUGAGAAAUUCAGGAAUACAAUAGAGCUUCUUUCUUAUAAGCUUUUUCAUUGUGUAGUGUCCAUGUUGUGUACCUUUUUACUGUGACAUCUGGUAACUAUCCAUUACCUUCAAAUGCUUGACAUUAAUUCAUCUUUGUGAAUUGUUGUACUAACAUCAUUCUGUGUUACUGCUGUUUUUAAUUAUGUAAUUAACUCUGAAAUAUAAACUAACUUUUUUAUGUUUGGUAACACUUUUGCUACAAUAAUAAUGCUGUCAUUACAGCUUGCUGUAAUGUGAUGUAGUUAGUAGCAGUUACAUGUCUUAUGCCUUGGCAGAUUUUCUUUUCCUAAACAAAUGUGUAAAACGAUCCUACAUUUUUCUCUUAGUUGACCAGUUAUUUCUAAAUUCAGCUCUCCCAUUUGUGAAAUAUGGUGUUUUUGUCAUUUAAAUUUAUUAUUCUCUUUUUUGUUACUGUCAUAUGUUCCUGUGUUCAUUUGUAAGUUAACAGAUCUAAUAUUUAGUAUCCUUUGACACUCUGAGAUAUUCACGUUCCUAGUCUUGUAAAUCUCAUAACUAGUUUGUGUUUAAUUUGUUAUGAAUCAUUUCUGGUCUUCUUUAUAUUCUUUUGGUAUCCUUCUGUGGGCAUGAAAUAUCUACAGAAUGAUUCCCAUACAACAGAAAUACUCCCACUUCUGAUUCAUACUUUUCAUUAUUUCCCAUUUUCCCAUUUACCAUAUCUAAUUUAUGUAACCUACCCAAUAAAUUUAAAUUGAUCUGUCCUCCAGUCUCAUGUACAAUUUAGCAUGAUACUUCAAUUAAUUAUCCAUAACAGUCAGCAAUGAUUGUAGUUACAUUUCCAAUCUCAAUGUAAACUGAGAUCUGUUUGUUUUAUGUUGGCUAUGUAAGUUUCUCAGGUUUCACUGCAACUCAUAGGGUGGUUUAUCCUGUUUCAAAACUAUGUGUACUGAUCAGAUUGCUAUACUCAUUUUAUGACUCUGUUUCAUUGAAACUGAAAUUCCUGGUUAAAGAAAUAUGCAACAUGGCUAGAAAAAAAAAGAUUCAGAUGAAUGUGUGGUGCAUAAUCACAGAUAAAGAAUGCUAUCCUUUGUUUUGUAGCUAACAUAUAUUGCAAUCGUACUGCUUUUGAGUUGAGACAUGCUGAAAUAUGUCACUCUUAUGUAGCCAGCCCCAUGUUUAGUUUAUAAUAAUCAUCUGCCAUAACUUAGUGCCCAACUGUACUUCAGUAUCUUCUCAGUUCCUUGCUGCAUAAUGCAUACUUUGACAAACCUCUACAGUUCCUCUCACUAUGUUAAUAUUUUUCCUUAUUUCUGGUAACAUCAACACCUGGUCUUUGAGGAGCACCAUGUCGCCUGCCUCUUCCAGUUCUCUGUUGUGUAUGACAGCAUUUUCUUACUGAUUGAUUACAAAGGAUCUGACUCAAAAUAGGAACUGAUUGCUUCAUCUGGGAUGUAUUGACUUUUUACAAAAUUGCUAUUUACUGUCGGAAUUACAUUUGAGAGUAAUCUUCUUGCCCAUAGCUCUUCUCUGAAAUGUUAGUAUUAGAUUAUAGUAUAUUCCUGUGGUUAGCAGUAGAUAUUCUCCUGCAGUAUUCUAUUUAUAUACCCUAUAUUACCAUACUCUGUACUUAAUCUCUUUUUUCAUUGUUCCGUCCUUCAUAAGAUGUGGGCAAAUACAAUUCAAUCUUAGAGAUUUUCCUCUAUCAUUUAUAAGAGUCUUACACCAUUACUCCAAUGCUAGAAGACUCUAUCUACUGCAAUCUCUUUAACAUGUGAAAAGAGCUUGACUCUCAUCUCUGAUAGUAUAUAUUAUACUCUGUUUAAAACUGUAAAUUCCAGAGUGGAAAAAAGAAACUGAAAAUCAGGAAAGAAUCCGGAUGAACGAUAGGUAACAGAUAGGCACAUGUAUGUAACACAUUGGAAAAUCGUGACUGUGUAUUUGUGCAUGAGAGUAAAUAAGAGGGAGGAGACAGAGGGGAGGGGGGAUAACAAGUGAAAGAGCAAGAGGGAGACUGUGUUUCAUAUGCAACUGUUCUUGAACUUCAUCCUUACUGUGUGAUAAGGUUCAUCAAAAGUGAUUACCUCAAUAGUAAUGGACAAAUAGUAAACCGCAGACUUGCUGUUAUGAUGCACCAGAAAAUGGAAAAUGUGUACAAAAUACAGCACAAAAAAGAGACAAGAGACUGAUGCUGCAAAUAUGGAUACAUACCAAAUAUGUUUAGUUAGUAGCAUUCACUUCCAAAGUAGGGCCCAUUUGAGUCCACCUGCAUCUGCAUUUAUUACUUUCACUGCUGAAAAUAUUUCUACAUAUUUAUGUCUGUGUGGGUGUAUGGUAACUGGACCAGUUUUGCAUUCCAUUGGAGUGCAAAAGUAUGCCUGCAAUUAGUAAAUUAAUGCCAAUAUACUGACCAAUUUUGGUGAAACUUGUCACAGAGCAGGUGGGCAGUUCAAAGUUGAAAAACAAUAAUGUAUUAAUACACAGUAGCAAAUAGUUCCUUAGUUAUUACAGUAACAUAGUUCAUUUUGUGUUGAGGUAGUGUUCCAGAAAAUGUGUAAGAGCUAGUAUAUGUCAUGUGGAAUUGGUAGAAGAAACAGAAAUUAUUUUAUUACUUGUGGAAAACAAUAUGGCCAUGUGGUAUCCCAGGUAGAGAUGACUAAGCAGUCAAGUGAUCCAUCUUAUGAUGAUUUCGAUAGAGAUGAAAUAAUAAUAAAAAAACAAAGCCACAAAUGUACUCAAAUUCAGGUGACAUAAUAUUUAGGGAAAAAUUUUCUUCAUUAUUUCAACUUUGAUAUAACACCCUUCUGAGAUUGGUGCAAGUGCAUCUCACUCUUGAUAAGGGCUAUUUGGGUAAUUAUCUGUCAGCUGGCACAAUUGUGCCACAUAUAACUCUUUGUUUUAUAUGUGUCAAUUUCAUGAUGGUAUAAGAACUCUAGUGAAAUAAAUGUCAAUGAGCUACAAAAAUGCUUAACAUCACAGAUAAGAUACUGAAGUUGGCAUAACUGCCCUCCAGUGAUACCUAUACCAAGUACCCAAAAGUAAACCAAAUGUUAAACUAUUCUCUGAUACUCAUAUUUAGAAGCAUGUUGUGAACCCCUAGGACUAAAAUUUGAAAGUGCUUUUGAAAUAAAAUCACAAAUAAGUAUGAAUGCUUAAAUAAAAAACUUUUAGAAAUCUGUUUUUUUCAGGUCAUUGUUCUCAUGUUGUCUUAACUGUAUUGAAAUAAGAAAUUUUGUUACUUGCAUAAUUAAUAUCUUAUAAAAUAAAAGAGGCAGUAAUUUUAUUUAAUAUUGUGCAUGAAAAAUGUCUGUAUGAAAUGGGGGAGGGGGGGGGGGGUUCUUGACUGACUGAAGACCACAAUAGUAGAUAUAUUUUGCAUGAAGCCAGAGAGAAGCUAUGAUAAUUUCCAAAUAAAACUGUUACAUAUAUUCAAUUUCCUGUGGGUCUUCAACCUAAAAGUGUAAUUGUACCAUGCUGUGAGCACAUAGGUAGCAUUUAAGGCAUCAUUCAUGAAGCCAGUGAUUUUGUGUUGGUGAGAGUGCAUUUAUUAUUAAGAUUUUCUAAUGUAAAGAACAUAGAUUAUUUUACAGUUAGAUUUUUAUCAUUGUUUUCAUGUUUAAAAUAUAUAAUAUUUGUACAUAUGUAAUAAAUUAUAUGAUAAUCUUUAUAAUGCUCCUACUUUUGUAUUUGAAUAAAAUUACUUAA